AUGGACAACCUGACAUUUAGAUACAGCGUACUCUUUGUGGAAGGACUGAAUGUUACACAUCAGUACAGCUAUCUUGCAUUUUUCAUCAUUUUGAUGGCUUACAUAUUUAUAAUCAUAUCUAACCUUUGGAUUUUGAUACAGAUAUCAGUGGAAAAAGGUUUACACCAGCCCAUGUACAUGGUUUACUGCAACUUGCCACUAAAAGAUGUUAUAGGAACAACUGUUAUUGUGCCACGUUUGCUGAGGGAUUUUUUAGCAGACCCCUCUGAGCGCUACAUCACAUAUGUGGAGUGUGUUAUCCAAGCUUUUUUUGUACAUGUGAAUGGAACAACAUCUCAUACUAUUCUAAUGAUCAUGGCCUUUGACAGAUAUGUUGCCAUAUGCAAUCCAUUGCGAUACUCAAAUAUAAUGAGCAAUAAUAUGGUGGUAAAACUUUCAGCAGGAGCCUGGGGUGCUGCAGUAGUGCUGGUGGGAAUUCUGAUUGGCAAAAGUGUGCGUCUCUCUCACUGUAGACCUGUGAUUCAAAACCACAGUCUACUUCAGGAGGUCUAUUGACCAUGAAAGAAAUUGAGCGUGCAACCCUAAACAGUCAUCUAAGGAACAU